AUGUGGUUGAAAGAAAAUGAGUUAGAGUGCUGGCAGACGGGCACGGGGAAGUCGUACCUGCUGAAGAGGAUCGUGGGCUCUCUGCCGCCCAAGAGCACCUAUGCCACGGCCAGCACGGGAGUGGCAGCUUGCCACGUCGGCGGCACCACGCUCCAUGCCUUCGCAGGGAUCGGCUCUGGGAAGGCACCGCUAGAACAAUGUAUUCAGUUGGCUGAGAGACCUGGAGUGCGUCAGCACUGGCUGGCCUGUCAGCACUUAAUUAUUGAUGAGAUCUCCAUGGUGGAUGGCAAAUUCUUUGAUAAGCUGGAGGCAGUGGCCAGGGCGGUAAGAAAACGGGAUGACCCUUUUGGAGGAAUUCAGCUAAUCAUCUGUGGGGACUUCCUACAGCUACCCCCAGUCUGUAAGGCUAAUGAAGAAACCAAGUUCUGCUUCCAGGCAAAAAGCUGGAGGAAGUGCAUCCAGAUAAACAUGGAACUGACUGAAGUGCGGAGGCAGACCGAUAGGACCUUUAUCUCACUCCUCAGUGCAGUCCGUCUAGGCAGGUGCACAGAGGAGGUUGCCAGACUGCUGAUGCAGACAGCUACCAACAGGGCUGAGCGUGAUGGGAUCCUGGCUACUCGGCUCUGCACCCAUAAGGAUGAUGUAGAACUAACUAAUGAGAGAUGCUUGCAGCAGCUGUCAGGAGAAGUACAUACUUUUGAGGCUUUGGACAGUGACCCAAUGCUGGUUAAUUUAAUUGAUGCUCAGUGUCCUGUGGGUUGCAGAGUUGAACUAAAGCUUGGAGCUCAGGUGAUGCUGGCUAAGAAUCUGGAUGUGUCACAAGGGCUGGUGAACGGGGCACGGGGAGUUGUUGUAGGGUUUGAAAGUGAACAGAAAGGACUGCCUAAGGUGAGGUUUCUCUGUGGGGUCACACAGGUCAUCAAGGUGGAGCGAUGGGUCUUCAAAGGGCCAUCUGGAGUUUAUCUGAGUCGCCAACAGCUGCCCCUAAAACUUGCAUGGGCCAUUUCCAUUCACAAGAGUCAGGGCAUGUCUUUAGACUGUGUGGAAAUCUCCCUCUCUCGUGUCUUUGAAAGUGGACAGGCUUAUGUAGCCCUUUCCCGAGCUCGAAGCCUUGCAGGUCUCCGUGUUCUUGAUUUUGACCCAAAAGUUGUGAGAGCAGAUCCUUCUGUGCUGCAUUUCUACAGACAGCUGAGAAGUCAUCAGCUUCUAAAGCAGGAUUCUCUGCACACCCAUUCAGGAGCUGAUGACAAGGAGAACUGGAAAUACAGCUGACAAUGCCCUUCUGGUCUCUGUGAGGCAUCAGCAUAGACUACUAUGUGUCAGCAGUCUCACCAUUGAGUAUAUAAAUCAUAGUGAAGUUGAAUUCUUUUUUUUUUUAAAGUUUGUUUCAUCCAGCUGACUCUGGAUAUAUAGAAGUCUCCCUGUACCAUGUCUCUGAGAGCUGGGAGGCUUCUGUAGCCCUUUGCUGGGCCUACAGUCUUGAACUUCUGGGUUUCACGUGUGACUCUAGCACAGUAACUAACUAAACAAGGAUGCAUCUGAGAGACCUUCCUAUGGGUUAUAUCCUGCUUGCCUGGAGGAAAGGCUUCAUUUUAUUCUUCACAUAUGUGGAUGGUGAAACUUGCCCGCUUUUCUUCAGCGUGUAUCCCCAGGUUGAGAGACAAAAAGUUUGUGUCCCUUUUGUCUAGAUGGAUUGGACCCGUUCAGUGGAGCUGUUGACACAAGAGGAGGCGUGUUCUGGGUACCCAGAACACAUGAUUGGCUCUCUUGCCAGCAAAGAGCUGCUAGGAGCCAGGCUAUCACUGCAUGCUAUGCUGGGGAGUUCUUGCUAAGUCUUCCAGGUGUUUGACAGCAGGAAGCUUUGUGUAAUUCAUCCAGAAGCAGAGGGCUGUACAUUGCCUGUUAUGCUGAUACAUGUCUUUGUUAACCUGAUACAUGCAAUAAUGUGUUU